ACCCAGAGUGACAGCACCCUGCAGGUCUCUGAUUGGCCAAGGGCCCCUACUUAACCCCAGGGGUUAGCCCAGGAAGUUGUUUGAGCAACCGCACAGCUUGUGGCCUGCUGGACUUUUCCUCAUCUCCUGACCUUUGGUCUCUAGCUCCAGCCUGACUUGACCCUAAUUCUCCCCCCUGGAUUCUAACCUGGUAGCCGGUCUCACCCUGGCUCUUGUUUCUGGGACCUGGCCUUGCAAUUCUUCCACCUCUGCCCUGGUGAUUCCCGUCCAUGGUGGGGAGACCUCAGCCCAGCUGUGACCACUAGGCCAGACCGACUACGCCCCGAUCCCUUACACCAUCCUUAUACGUACUCACGUUUCUAUGCUCUGCUCUGUCUGUCACACUCUCUUUGUAUCUUUAUAUAUCUAACUCUCAAAUUGUCCCUGUCUCCGUACGUAUCUAAUCUCUCACUCUCUUUUCAUAUCUGUCUAUCACAGUGUUGUCACACCAAUCUUAUCACUGCUGUUCUCUUCCUGUCUGUCUAUAUCAGGCUUCCGUUAUCUCUCAUUUAUUGCACCCUCCAUGUUAUUCAUUUAUGCUUCUUUGUGUCUUCAUCUCACAUUCUCUUCAUAUCGAUCUAUAUCCACAUCCCUGUAGGAUCAGUCCGUCCUUUUCACUUACUCUCUUUCAGGUUUCACUAUUCCGCCCAGUAUAGGUUUGUUUUGUUUCUUUUAAGUAAAAGGUUUUUUUUCUUUUAAUUGUACAUGCAAAGUAGCUGGAACAGCACGAAAGAGCAAAUGGAACAUGUGUGUGGAGCUGUGGAUUGCACAGAAACGAGGUCGCAGGAGGAGCAGGUGCUGGGCGAAGCAGGAAUUUCCCAGGCAUGCGGCUCGUGCAUUUCACCUCGCCUUAGAUCAUCGCCAGAGAAACAGCGUUAGGGGCACCGGGUGAAGCACGGCCGGCAGCUCAGCGUCAUUGCAGCUGGAGAACCCGAGUCCCUCUGGAAUGUGUCCCGUGAGCUGAGGCAACGCACCGCCAGGACCCGAGGGGUCUGGAAAUGCCAGGUGUGAGAUCACAAUGUCCCAUAGCAACAGGCGACCCCACUACCAUGUUGCUGAGCCCACAGGGGAUGUGUACUUGGUCAGAUUACUUUACUGUCCCCAGCCGCUGAGCAUGGAGACCCUGCAGAGUGUGCGGGAUGCGCUGGAGACUCAGGGGUUGCUGGACGAGGAGCUGGGAGCCGGCUUUGAGCGGGCCCUGGCGGAGUUCCCCCGGGAGCCCCCGUGUGUGCAGAACAACGCAGAGAUGGUGAUCCAGAGCGACGAGACUGAGCUGACGUUCCUCUCUGGGAAGGGCAAGUAUAAGAUCAGGAUCUCUGACAAUGGCGCCUGCUAUGAGGUGAAAGAGCCAACGGCCCGGGUGUUCCUGGCCAGGUUAAAGUCCCAUCCCCAGAAGCUGAGCACGGAGACCCUGCAGGGUGUGCGGGAUGCGCUGGAGAAGUGGGGGUUGCUGGACGAGGAGCUGGGAGCCGGCUUUGAGCAGGCCCUGGCGGAGUUCCCCCGGGAGCCCCGGUGUGUGCAGCGCAAUGCCCGGAUGGUGAUCCGGCAUGACCGCACCGAGCUGGUGUUUGUGUCGGGCCAGGGGGAAUGUGAGAUCACGGUGUCCGAAGGUGAGAGGGAGCCCUGCUACGAGGUGAAGGAGCCCACGGUGACGGUGUAUCAGGAGAGGUUACGCUCCUGCCCACAAAGGCUGAGCGCGGGGAACCUGGAGAGAAUUCGCGACAGGCUGGAGUCCUGGGGGGUGAUGACCAAGGAGCUGAGACGCUGCUUCAAUCUGCUGCUGAGGAAAUUCCCCCAAGAGCCGGAGUGCAUCCGGGACAACCCCAGGAUGUGCGUCGCCUGGGACGAGACGAAGCUGCGACUGGUCUCUGAAGAUGGGGACUGCGAGGUCUCCGUGACCUGCUGUGAUGGGAAGCCCAGCUACGAGGUGAAGGUGAAGAGCUGGGAGAUGUAUCGGGAGAGGAUGCGUCGCUCUGAACAGCCGCUGAGCAUUGAGAGCCUGGCGGGCGUGCGGGGAGAGGUGCGGGGUCUGUCAGGGGCUCCCGAGAAGGUCAAGGAGGCCUUGAACGUGGCCGUUAGGGGUUUCUCCGCGGAGCCGAGCUGCCUGCAGAAGAACGCCCGGCUGGUCAUUGAGUGCGACAGGGGCGAGAUGGUCUUUGUCUCCGGGAAAGGGGAGAAUAAAGUGGACGUGAGCAUCAUCGAUGGGAAGGUCAGUUACAAUGUCAGAGCCACCACGUGGGUGACUUUCCUUAGGGUGUUCCAGAAACUACUCCCCAAGAUCCCCGAAGCCUUGCUGAAGUUCAUCCGCAGCUUAGUCCAAUUCCUACUGUUUGGAGCGCCAUGA